AUGAAGUCCUUCACUGCUGUCGCCGCUGUGCUCUUCGCCAGCGCCGUAUCUGCCCAAUACAACGCCACAACCCCCACCCCCACAGCCGCCAUCUCUACCAUCAAGAUCACUCCCGCCUGCCCAUCCGCCCCUGCCGCCGACGUGCAAGUCACCCGCUCCGGCGUCGUCGUGCCCACCUGCGAGGCCGGCUCCGGCUCAAACGCCACCAAGCCCACCAUCAUGACCAUGCCCGGAUACGGCAUGAAGCCCAGUGGCAAUGCUACUGCUAGCGGACCGCCAGCGCAAUUCACUGGUGCCGCUGAGGGAUUGAGGAUUGGAGGCGUUGCGGUUGUGCUUGGUGGACUCGCUGCGUUGGUUUUGUAG